AUGGCAAAUUAUGGAGGGACUAAUCAGAAAUGUAAAACCUGCUACAAGACUGUGUACUUGGUUGAUCAGCUUACUGCUGAUAAUAAGGUUUAUCACAACUUCUGCUUCAGAUGCCACCACUGCAAAGGAACCCUAAAGCUGAGUAACUACUCUUCAUAUGAAGGUGUUCUGUACUGCAAACCUCAUUUCGAUCAAUUGUUCAAAAUGACCGGCAGCUUGAACAAGAGUUUCGAAGGGGCUCCUAAAACUGCUAGAGCCGAAAGAUCUAACGAGCAAGGCCCUACAAAUAGCAAAUUCUCGAGUUUGUUCGGAGGGACUCAAGAUAAAUGCAUCGCUUGCGAUAAAAAAGUUUACCCUCUCGAAAAGGUAGCGGUUGAUGGAACAUUGUACCAUAGGUGUUGUUUCAAGUGCAGCCACGGCGGGUGUGUAAUAAGUCCGUCGAAUUAUAUAGCGCACGAGCAUCGGCUAUACUGCAGGCAUCAUCAUACUCAGCUCUUUAGGCAAAAAGGUAAUUUCAGCAAAUUAGACAAACACGAGCAAGCCAAAGUGAUUAACGGUGCAGCCUAA